AUGGCAGCUUCCUUGUUUGCAUUCCUGGUGCUGCUGUGCAUGUUGUUGAAAUCGGUGCAUUCGGCUCCACCCCCGGCAGCGGACUGCUCGAGCCUGGUGGCGAACAUGGUGGACUGCCUGCCGUUCGUAACAGUGGGUGGCACAGCGCAGACGCCAGAGAGCACGUGCUGCUCCGGCCUGAAAAUAGUUGUUGAGAGCAAUCCCCAAUGCCUCUGCGACGCCUUCAAAAACAGCGCCCAGCUCGGCAUCACCCUCAAUGUCUCCAAAGCCCUCACCCUCCCCGCCGCCUGCCUUCUCUCCACUCCUCCUUCCCUUUCCACCUGCGCAUCUCUUUCUCCGGCUCCCUCACUCGGUAGCUCAGGUUCGUCUGUGCUGACAGCUACCUUGGACUUGAUUGUAUUUAUGGGUCUAAUUGUAUCAUUUGGUUUAUUUUGA